AUGGUCUCCCAAGCCGGAUACAGCGGUCGACGAUAUAGCCGUGCCUACCCCCAAUACAUGACACCCUCUGAGCGCCGGUAUCAUAUCUCCUCACACGACGGUCGAAGCAUAGCAAUGGCAGAAUCCCAGGUCGAGACAGAUUCGCAGCCCCAGAGGAAGCGGAUCGCCGUAGCGGUUCAGUCGACUGAAGCCCCGAUGCGACAAGACAGCAGCGAGUUUACCUACAACGUCCAAGACGCGCGGGCCUACGCCAAUCGCACCGCCAGCCAUAGCGUUCAGUACACACAAGAUCUGCCGGCAUUAAGCUCGGCCGAGAUAUUGAAUCCGUACCGAGGCGGCUCGCCCUACGGCUACGGGACCAAGCAGUUCUACCCAGCCAUGUCCAGCUAUGGCACCGGUUAUCCCGAAGAGUACGUCGAGUACGGUAUUAGCUGCCCGUCCCAACAGACAGUCCUCAAUCACGAAGCCGUGGGCAUGAUCCCGUAUCCCUGGCUGUCUCGGAGCAAGCAACCGGCUGCCAGCAGCGUAUAUCUUGAUCCAGAUGCGACCUACGCCUACGGUGGCACGGCGAGCCUCGUGCACCGCUCGGCACACGCCGUCACGACCGACUCCCCAAACUUCUCCUUCUCCCACAUGGCCGCACAACUGCCGGCUGCGUCAGUCCACGGCACCGACCGCCUGCUGCCGACUCCCGUGAGCCGGUCCCUGAGCAGCUCGUCAGGACUGCCCUACCCCAGCCUGCAGUCUCUCAAGGCCGCCAUCCCGACAACCGGGCCGCAGUCACCGCCCCUUUCCGCGACGGGAGGUCCCGGCGAUGUCGCCUCGGCUGCCGCCGCCGGUUAUUCGAAUGGCUUUGAUACAUCUGGCCUUCCGUAUUCCUCGGCAAUGGCCAUGCCAACCCACCACCACCAUCACACCCCGCACAAUCACAGCCAGCACAACCAUCACCCGGCCCGCACCGGCUCGGUCCCCUCAUCGUCCUACUCAACCGCGGCCGAGUCGCUCUUCUCCGAGCACGAUCACGGCCUGCGGUCGCACGGCUCGACCGUCGUCGACCUGACUGGCUACGCGUAUGCGGACUCAGGGGUCGGACCGGGGGCGAGCUCUCUCCGGCGCGGUUCGCGCAGCUCGAGCCAGACGUCGUCUGGGACCGGCACCGGAAGCUCGCUGAGAAGCAGUCAGACGGGUUACGUCCAGACCGAGAACCAGCAGCAACAGCAGCAGCCCGACGAACCAGUUGCCGCCCACGUGUAUCCGCACCAGCAUCAGCAGCAUCAGAAUGGGUUACAGCAACAUCAUCAAAUUCAGCAACCGCAGCAGCAGCAGCAGCAGCAGCAGCAGCACAGCAACCAACAACAACAACACCACCACCACCACCAUCACCACAACAUCGCCGCUGUCGUGGCUGGUAGCACGGCGCCGACGGCGACAUAUCUCCCCGACACGCCUGGCGCGUCGGGCCUUGGCAGCGGUCAUGCAGAGAACCGCCGGACAGCUGUGGGGGCCCGCCGCUAG